UCAAAGGCCCCGGAGAGAAAGGCAGCCCCGCGGAGGGGCCAGAGAGUUGCUGGUCAGAGAAGCCGAAAAGUGCCCGAGAGCGAAGGGAAAGGCUUGCUCAGAAGGCGCCUGCUUGCUUGCUUGCUUGCUUCUUGGUGGGUUCCUUGUUGGACGGAGGCAAGUCGUGCGGAGUUCGUGGCGUCUGUGGGGACGUCUCUGGCCACGCUGGCGCAUCUCCUCUCCUCGCCGGCGAUGUACGGCAUGCUGGACGGCGAGCUCAAGGGCCCGCAGGGCAACCCCGCCGGGAGCAACAGCGGCAAAGGCGGCGGAGGAGGAGGAGGCGGAGGAGGAGGCAACGCGGCCGUGGACCAGGACCGCGUCAAGCGCCCCAUGAACGCCUUCAUGGUCUGGUCCCGGGGGCAGCGGCGCAAGAUGGCCCAGGAGAACCCCAAGAUGCACAACUCGGAGAUCUCCAAGCGCCUGGGCGCGGACUGGAAGCUGCUCAGCGACGCCGAGAAGCGGCCCUUCAUCGACGAGGCCAAGCGGCUCCGCGCCGUCCACAUGAAGGAGUACCCGGAUUACAAGUACCGGCCCCGUCGGAAGACGAAGACGCUGCUGAAGAAGGACAAGUACUCGCUGCCCGGGAGCCUCCAGGCCGUCGGGGCGCUCGGGGGAGGCGGGGGCGUGGGCGUGGGCGGCAGCAACGGGGUGAGCAGCCCCGUCGGGCAGCGCCUGGACUCCUACGCGCACCUGAACGGCUGGCCCAACGGCGCCUACGCCUCGCUGAUGCCCGAGCAGCUCGGCGGCUACAGCCAGCACCCGGCCAUGAGCAACGCCCAGCUCCAGCCCAUGCACCGCUACGACGUGGCCGGACUCCAGUACAGCCCCAUCAUGUCCAGCGCCCAGCCCUACAUGAGCGCCGCCGCCGCCUCCACUUACACCAUGGCCGCCGCCUACGGACCCCAGCCCACGGGUCUGGGCGCGCUGGUCAAGUCCGAGCCCAGCUCGCCGCCCCCGGCCGUGGCCACGCACUCCCAGCGGGCCUGCCUGGGCGACCUCCGGGAUAUGAUCAGCAUGUACCUCCCGCCCGGAGGAGGAGGAGGGGGCGGCGGAGGGGGAGGAGGGGGCGGCGAGGCGGCGGACCCCACGGCCAGGCUCCACGGCGUCCACCAGCACUACCCCGGCGCCGGCGCCUCCGUCAACGGGACCGUGCCCCUGACUCAUAUCUAGGCCCCCACGCGCCCGCCCAGGCUCCUCUCCAAAGCGCACCGCCGGAUUCUCCAACGCAGCUUGUUUGUUUGUUUGGGAAAGAGGGAAUAUUGGUUUUUAAGGAGGGAGAGGAAGGGCGCGGGACCCUCUUUCUCCCUGGAAUCGCCUCCUGGAACUCUCCCCCCCUCGCAAGGCACCCAAACUCUCUCCCAGGCUGAGCCAGGCUCUCCAAAAAACUCUUCCUUUUGACGCACGGGAACUUCUCCAAGGCUCAUCAUCUGCUUCUCCAACGCAGGUUGUUUGUUUCUUUGGGGAAAGGGGUUUGUGUUUUUAGGGAGGGAGAGGAGGAAGGAGCAGGACCCUCUUUCUCCCUGGAAUUCUUCCCCCCUCGGAAGGCACCCAAACUCUCCCAAGCUGAGCCAGGCUCUCCAAAACACCAAGACCUCUCCAAAGCGCACCACCGGCUUCUCCAACGCAUCUUGUUUAUUUGUUUGGGAAAAGGGAGUAUUGUUUUUUUAGGGAGGGAAAGGAGAAGGGAGAGAAGGGAGCAGGACCCUCUUUCUCCCUGGAAUCGCCGCCUAGAACUCCUUCCCCAUCGAAAGGCACCCAAACCCCCUCCCAGACUGAGCCAGGCUCUCCAAAAAAAACUCAAUUUGACGCACGGGAACUUCUCCAAGGCGCGCCACCGGCUUCUCCAAGGCAAUUUAUUUGUUGGGGGAGGGAAGAGGGUUUUUUUAAUAUAGGGAGCGGGAGGUGAAGGGAGUGGGACCCUCUUUCUCCCCAUCGAAAGGCAGACAGGCUCUCCAAAACACCCCUCUUUUGACGCACUGGAACCUCCAAGGCGCGUCACCGGCUUCUCCAACGCAACUUGUUUGUUUAUUUGUUUGGGAAAGAGGGGUAUUGUGUUUUUUAGGAAACGGGACCCUCUUUCUCCCUCGAGUCUCCUCCCGGGGCUCCUUCCCCACCGAAAACCGACUUUCCAAAACUCCCUUUUAACGCACAGAGACCUCUCCAAAGUGCGCCGGUGUUGUCUCCAGGGAAACUUGUUUGUUUGGAGAUUUUUGAUUAUUAUUAUUUGUAGGAAAGAGGGAAGGAGAGGAAGGGAAGGGAAGCCCCUUCUUUCUUCCCAUCGGGGGGGGGGGGUUGCCUUCUGGACCGAAAGACGCCCAAACUGUCAAAACUCUUCUUUUUACGCACGAAGAGGUCUCCUCUCCAAAACGCACUGGCUUUGCUUCUCCAUCGCAACUGGUUCGGAGUUUCGUUUGGUUUUUUUGGGGAGGGGAGAGAUAAUAUUAUUUGGGGAGGUGGAAACAGAUUAGAGGGAAAUUCUCUUUUUUUCUCCACCAGAUCUCUUUUGAGGAUCGGCUUGGAAAGGCACAACCAUUCUCCAAAAAAAAAAAAAAAGUCCCGCUUUUACGCACGUCUCCAAGGCGCAACUCGUAGGUCCCGCCGCUUGUUUUGGGUAUAUUUUUGGGAAGCAUAGGAAUAAGUAACUCUCGUCCUUCUUCUCCAAGCAUAGGAAUAAUUUCCUUCCCUCCUCCUUCUCCAAGAAACUCCUAUUUUGCGGGAAAGUGAAUGCGCCAAAACUUUUCUCCUUUCCUUCCCGCCAAGCGGAAAAGGUGAUUUGUCUUUCAGCCCUUCCUUCCUUCCUUCCACACAGCUGAAUAAAAUCCCACGUUUUCUGCUUUGAGCUGGGAUAUAUGCAGUGUGGACUCAGAUAACCCAGUUCAAAGCCAAUAUUAUUAUUUUGCCUUGAUAUUUUGGGUUAUAUGGCUGUGUGUGUGGAAGGGCUCUCUGACUUGAGAAGCACCAAGUCCUGCUAACCUUUGGAGUUACAGGGUUUUUGUGUGUUUUCCGGACUGUUCCAGAAGUAUUCUCUCCUGACGUUUCGCCCACAUCUAUGGCAGGCAUCCUCAUCCACAACCUCUGAGGAUGUUUGCCAUAGAUGUGGGCGAAACAUCAGGAGAGAAAACUUCUGGAAAAUGGCCAGAAAACACACAACAACCCUGUGAUUCCGGCCAUGAAAGCCUUCCACAACAAACCUUUGGAGUUCCCUAGAAUAAUUUGGGAGGAAAGGCAGAGAGAGGGGGUUAUUUUGACAAAAAAGUCCCAAAAUAUGGCAUGGGAACAGUGAAGUGCUGGCCUCAGUUUGAAAAGUUUACACUUUUGUUUUUAUGGCUAGCAUAAUUUCGCCCAUGUCUUUCACCUCCAUAUAUAGUAACACAAGAAAUUGGUCGUUUCCUCUUUAGCAAAUUCAAUUUGCAAGGCUUUCCAUUUGCCUCUUCCCCGCUUCUUUAAAGCCACAGUUUUAUCUCGGGCCUCUUCCACAUAAUAAAAUCCCACGUUUUCUGCUUUGAACUGGAAUGUAUGGCAGUGUGGACUCCUAACCCAGUUCAAAGCAGAUCUUGUGGAGUUUGCGACAUUGGGUCCAAGGAAAAGCCGGCAUGAAGAAGCCUUCUUUUGGGGGCUUCAGGGGGUCUCAAAAUGCGCCCAAAAGUUGUUAAUAAGUGAGCAGAGAAAAAAAGGAAUCGGGAUCUUAACAUUUGUCGGAACUUGCUUCGGGUUGUGCCUGGGAAUAACUGAAAUUUGGAAUUGCGUUUUCACUGGGAAGGAGAGGGGUGCUCAGGAGGGGAAAUGGGCUGGUUUAUUUAGCCCGGGACUGUUGUAAAUCUGUAAAAAGUUAUUUUCUCCCCUUUGCUUUCGUUUUGUGGAUGUGAUCCAGGGACAACUUUGAAACUCAUCUCUGUUCCACAAAACGGGUCGUUUCGUUUUAGUUAAUUUUUUUUAAAAAAAUCGUUGUCGUUCGUUGUUUGUGACUUGUGUCUCGGAUUUUCUUUGGAGGGGACUUUUCCUCCUUCCCUUCUUCCUUCUUCCUCCCUUUGGUUCCCCUCGUUCAUUCAUCCCUCCCUCCCUCCCUCCCUCCCUCCAACAAAGAACUUUAAAAAGAGAACAAUAAAUUUUAUAACAGGCGCUUGAA